UAUGGCCUCCAUUGUUCCUUAUCUUUCCCCAUUUCCACCCUUCUUUCUCUCUCUCUCUCUGUUUUCUCUCUCUCGUCUCACUUGAAACUCCACAACCCAAUUUUCUUUUCCUAUGACCCAAUUCCAAAUCCAAAUCACCAAUUCUAAUUCCAUUCUUCAGGAGUUGAAUUGAAUUCGUGAUGAAGAGGGACCACAAAGAUAGCUGCGGCGGCGGCGGCGCCGCCGGAGGGACUGUGAAGGGUGAGUGUUCCUCAAUGCAGUCAAACGGGAAGGCGAAGAUGUGGGAGGAAGAGCAACAGCAGCAGCAGCAGCAACAACAGCAACAACAACAACAGGGGAUGGACGAGUUGCUGGCGGCGUUGGGGUACAAGGUUCGUGCUUCCGACAUGGCUGACGUGGCACAGAAGCUGGAGCAGUUGGAGAUGGUCAUGGGUUGUGCCCAGGAAGACGGAAUUUCCCACCUGGCCUCCGACACCGUUCAUUACGACCCUACAGAUCUCUAUUCCUGGGUCCAAAGCAUGUUAACCGAACUCAACCCCGAACCCAACAACAACCUCGAUCCAUCUUCUUUCUUGAUCGACAACAACAACAACAUCAUCAACAGCACAGCCCCUGUUUUCAACGACGAUUCCGAAUAUGACCUCAGAGCCAUUCCUGGCAUAGCAGCCUACCCUCCUCCUCUUCCUCAAGACAACCACCUCGACGAAAUCGAAACGGCUAACAACAACAUCAACAAGCGCCUCAAGCCAUCUCCAGCGGAAUCAGCAGACUCCGCCGCGUCUGAGCCCACGCGCCAUGUCGUCCUCGUUGACCAUCAGGAAGCCGGCGUGCGUCUCGUCCACACUCUCCUGGCGUGCGCGGAGGCCGUUCAGCAGGAGAAUCUCAAGCUCGCCGACGCGCUCGUCAAGCACGUGGGCAUACUCGCGGCUUCCCAAGCCGGCGCCAUGAGGAAGGUUGCUUCCUACUUCGCCCAAGCCCUGGCGCGUAGAAUCUACGGAAUCUUCCCCGAAGAAACCCUCGAUUCCUCCUUCUCCGACGUUCUCCACAUGCACUUUUACGAGUCUUGCCCUUAUCUCAAAUUCGCGCACUUCACCGCGAAUCAGGCCAUCCUCGAAGCCUUCGCCACCGCCGGGAAAGUCCACGUCAUCGAUUUCGGCCUCAAACAAGGGAUGCAGUGGCCGGCACUCAUGCAGGCCCUCGCAUUACGGCCCGGCGGGCCCCCGACUUUCCGUUUAACCGGAAUCGGGCCCCCACAGCCCGACAACACCGACGCGCUGCAGCAGGUGGGCUUGAAAUUAGCCCAAUUGGCCCAAAUCAUCGGCGUCCAGUUCGAAUUCCGCGGCUUCGUUUGCAACAGCCUCGCGGAUCUCGACCCGAAUAUGCUCGAGAUCCGACCCGGGGAAGCCGUGGCAGUGAAUUCCGUCUUCGAACUCCACCGCAUGCUCGCCCGGUCCGGAUCCGUCGACAAGGUCUUGGACACUGUCAAGAAAAUUAAUCCCCAGAUCGUUACCAUCGUGGAACAAGAAGCGAACCACAACGGACCGGGUUUUCUAGACCGGUUCACUGAAGCCUUGCAUUACUAUUCCAGUCUUUUCGACUCGCUUGAGGGUUCGUCUUCUUCUUCGACCGGGUUGGGCUCGCCGAGUCAGGAUCUGUUGAUGUCCGAGUUGUACCUUGGGAGACAGAUUUGCAACGUGGUGGCUUACGAGGGCCCGGACCGGGUCGAGCGGCACGAGACUUUGACUCAGUGGAGGGGGAGAUUGGACUCGGCCGGGUUCGACCCGGUUCAUCUCGGGUCCAACGCAUUCAAGCAAGCGAGUAUGCUACUUGCUCUAUUCGCAGGCGGUGAUGGGUAUAGGGUUGAGGAGAAUAACGGCUGCCUCAUGCUUGGCUGGCACACUAGGCCACUCAUCGCUACCUCCGCUUGGAAGCUUCCCUCCUCCAGCGAGUCUAGUGGCUUGACUCAGUGAAUGUAAAACUAUAGAUUAAUUGGACUUGUUCCAGUGAACUGAGUCAGUGACCGAGUCAGUGAGCCUUCCAGGCAGCAAGAGGAUAAAUAAAUGAGAGGGUGAACAAAAAAAAAAAAGUAAAAAGAAAACCCAAAGAAAGACUGUAAUUUGUAAUUGUGCUCUCAUAAUUACCGUUUCUCCUCUUUAGUGUUUUGUUUUCCUUUCUCUAAAUUAUUAUUAUUAUAUAAUUUGUUUAAUUCUUCAGUAUUA